CCCGUCAGUGAAUGGUAUCGUCCUGUAAACCUAUCAGGGCUAACCCGGGCCUCGGGGUUAUCAGGAGAACGACGGAAAACGUCGGCAUCGGUGACAAGAAGACGCCGUGAACUUCUCAUAAAAUUCAGUACCUGCAAAAAUAUCGCUUGGGUACAAGAAGUUCCCGUCAAAAUAGUGGUGUUAUCAAUAAGUAUUUCACAGCUUAAGCCAUGUCCACACCGGCUAGAAGGAGACUAAUGAGAGAUUUUAAACGGCUCCAAGAAGAUCCUCCAGCUGGUGUCAGUGGUGCCCCGUCUGAAAACAACAUCAUGGUGUGGAACGCGGUCAUAUUUGGCCCUGAAGGAACUCCAUUUGAGGAUGGUACGUUUAAACUCAUUGUAGAAUUCACAGAAGAAUAUCCCAACAAACCGCCCACAGUACGAUUCGUCUCCAAGAUGUUUCAUCCAAAUGUCUAUGCAGAUGGCAGUAUAUGUCUAGACAUUUUACAGAACCGUUGGAGUCCCACUUAUGAUGUGUCAUCUAUUCUUACAUCUAUCCAGUCCCUGCUGGAUGAGCCGAACCCCAACAGUCCAGCGAACAGUCAGGCAGCUCAGCUGUACCAGGAGAACAAACGGGAGUACGAGAAGCGUGUGUCUGCUAUAGUUGAACAAAGCUGGAGGGACAGUUGACCUGACAGCUGCUCACUACAUGAAGCUGUGUGUGCUGCAAGUUUUAGUGGAGUAACUCUUAAUUUUAAAAAAUGUUCCCCGUUUUUAAUUUUAAGCUUUUAUGCACUUUACCUUCAACUUCAGUUCCCCCCCCUUUUUAAAAAAAAAAAAUUCCCUUCUACACAUCUUUUCUAGUCAGGGGAAAUGUGUGAAUAUUGCCUUGGUGUUUUGCCAGUAUGGACUAAGACUAUUACACAAAAGAAAAGAAUCUGGUUCUCAUUUGCUGUAGAAACUUCCCAUGACCCAUUCUGUUUGUUGUUCACAAGGGUGCGUCAGCUGAGUCACGGCUCCUGUUUUGUCGUACGCCUGAUCAUGUGUCAAUUUCUCACAACGCAGUGGAAUAAUGAGCAGCCCCAGCAUUACAGCUAAAUCACACAUGGACACCGUGUCCUUUGCUGUGUUGUGAACUGUUACGUGCAUGACGUUGUUUUCACAAUCCUGUUUGAGUUCUCGUGUAUAUAGCUAAAUGAUGCUGCAACUGAAAUUAUGUACAGAAUUUGCACUGGUUGUCCCUCGUAACUUUUUCCAGUUCUUGUAAAUAAACAAAAUCAACCUCUGGUGA